GUGAGUGUGUGUGUGUUGGGACACGCCCACUGUGUACAGUUUUUAACUGAAGAGGAAAUGCUGUAUUUCUCCUAAAUGAAGUGAUCUGAGAGCACGAGGGAUUUGACAUUGCAAGAUGAUUAACCCUGUCAUAUUGCUCAUGACUCUCUCCUGUUUAAGAGAGCCAUGUUUUGAGAAAAACGACUGCCAUGUACGAUAUGGAGAAAUGCUGACUCCUAAACUUGCAAACUGCAUUGUACAGCAAUGUACAGAAUCCUUGCAGCCGUGUAUACUCCAGACUAUUCAAGACGUCGCAAGAGAAAUGCAGAGAAAGAAUCCAUCAGCGUCUUAUGAAUAUCUGGUGCUUCAGGCUGGUGAAGCUGUGCUGAUGGAUUUUGAGUUAAUUUUGAAUUGUCUUAAUGAGAUUGAUGAGAGCCCCUUCGACGCCAUAGUGUGUUUUGUGGAAGCUUUUCUGGGAGACACACAGGAGGACAAAACUGACCAAAAGCCUCUUUUUAUGUUCAACAUUCAAGAUUUUUACAGUGAAGCUGUGCUGAUGGAUUUUGAGUUAAUUUUGAAUUGUCUUAAUGAGAUUGAUGAGAGCCCCUUCGACGCCAUAGUGUGUUUUGUGGAAGCUUUUCUGGGAGACACACAGGAGGACAAAACUGACCAAAAGCCUCUUUUUAUGUUCAACAUUCAAGAUUUUUACAAGGAGGCUAUGCAGAAAUUCAUGGAGUCGAUGCAUUGUCUCAAAAAGCCCAAUGAAGACCCCAUCGAAGCCAUAAUGUGUGUUCUGGAGGCUUUUCUGGGUGACAACAAUCAAGAUUUUUCCAGUUACAUGCUUUGCUGGAUCAAAACUUCCUUAAAUAGGAUAGUGAGAAACUGCUACAGUCACUACGAUAAGAACACUUUGAACACUCUGGUGAAGCAUUUAACAAACAAUCAAGAGCAUCAGACUUGUUACCUGAAGAGGUUUUCUUACUUGGGCCAUAAAUGCAUUCUAGUAUCCAUGCAGAUUUUUGGUAAAUUCCCUCCUGGUAAAACGUUGCCUAUGGAUGAUUAG